ACAUUUCACCUGUUAACAUAUUUGGACAUUUUUUCCUAAUAUGGAAGAGAUGAAAAAAAUUGGUAAGGGUGCAGAAAUGUCAGCAAAACUGGACCAGCACGUGGGGCUCCUGUCAGGUGUGUUUCUCAUUAUGGGUACCAUGAUAGGGUCUGGCAUCUUCAUUUCUCCAAAAGGCGUGCUGGAGGGGACAGGGUCUGUAGGUAUGGGUUUGAUCACGUGGAUGGCAUGUGGAUUAGUCGUCACACUAGCGGCUUUAUGUUAUGCAGAACUUGGUACUAUGAUUCCAAAAUCUGGAGGCGAACAUUCCUAUUUAAUGUACACCUUUGGAAAAAUGGAUAAAUGCUUAGGCCCGAUUCCAGCUUUUCUUUAUGACUGGGUUGGAUUGUUCAUUAUACGACCGACCAUGUUCGCCAUCAUGACGUUGUCUCUUGGUACUUACGCCAUUAAGCCUUUCUUUCUGGACUGCAAACCACCCGACUCUGCCGUUAAAGCAGUUUCAUUGGCUGCCAUCCUUAUUAUUGCUUUUAUCAAUGGAUACAGUGUAAAAAUGGCCACAUAUAUUCAGAAUAUCUGUACAGUGGUGAAGCUGAUAGCUAUUUCAGUACUAACUGUCGGCGGAAUGAUCAAAAUCAUACAAGGCAAUCGUGAAUACAUCCAAGACGGCUUUGAGGAUACGGAGAGUGACGUGUCUUUGAUCGCUAUUGCUUUCUAUAACGGACUAUGGGCUUUUGACGGCUGGAAUAACUUAAAUUUUGUUACAGAGGAGUUGAAAAACCCAGGAAGAAAUCUCCCUAUCUCAAUCAUGAUUGGUAUCCCGCUAACAACAGUAUGUUAUAUUCUGGCCAACAUAGGAUACCUCGGAGUCAUGUCAAAAGAGGAAAUCAUUGUAUCUCAUGCUGUGGCCGUGACAUGGGGUCGGUAUAUGCUAGGAAAUGGGGCCUUUAUCAUGCCGAUAUUUGUAUCUAUUUCCUGCUUUGGUGCCGCAAAUGGUUGUUUAUUUGCUUCAGGAAGAUUGUGUUUUGCAGCAGCUCGUGAGGGUCAUUUUCCUCAGGUUUUCUCUUAUAUAAGCAUUAACCGGAAGACUCCGUUACCGUCCAUAAUCCUCACUGCAUUUAUAGGUGCCUGUUUAAUUAUUCCUGGGGACUUGAGCACUCUGAUCGACUUCUUUAGUUUCUCUGCCUGGAUUUCCUAUGGCUUUACUGUUCUAUCUUUGUUAGUCUUACGGAGAACGGAGCCAAAGACAGAGAGACCGUACCGGGUCCCGACUAUAAUUGCUGUAUUUGUGGUGUUGACGUCAUUUUACCUCGUUAUGGGUCCAAUUAUACGUUCUCCUCGGGUGGAGUUUUUGUAUGCUGCUCUAUUUAUAGCCAGUGGUAUUUUUCUGUACUUUCCUUUUGUAUAUAACAAGAGUAGUCCCUCUUGUGUACAGCCAAUAGUUGACUGGGUCACUGCAAAGAUUCAGAAGAUAUUUCUAGUCGUACCUUGAAUUUAUUCUAUCUUAAUCUGUGAUACAUGAUAAUGUACAUGAAAACAAUAAGAUGAACUUAGCAUGGUUCUAGUAUUGUUCCUAGAACACACUGUUGAGAAAGUCAACAUAUUGUUUGAAUUUCAAAAAAGUGUAAAUCAAUUUUUAGAAAUAGAAAUAGAAAUCAUAACCAUUCUACAGUUACUGUUGAAUUGUGGUUUGAGGCUAAGAUACCUAAUUCUUGCUUUCUCUCUCUAAUAUCAGGAAUAUUAUAGGUCCCUGCUAAUAUCUAACAAUAUACGGUACAUUUGGAGAAUGCCAAAGCAGUCACUUGCAGUCAUAAUGAAAAAUUUUCUGUGAUAUCAUUUAAACCUUUAAAAUUUGCAGGAAUCAAUUACUGUACAUGUACUUCGUCACAGAAGAAUAUUCUCAACAUCCAGCAGUUAGUUGUCAUUUAGAAUCUCAUUGUUGUGAUAUUUUUUUCGCAAACUGCUUGUGAUAUAUAGAAAGAUAAAAUAUUGUUGGAUAUUUUGAGUAUUUGAACUUGCAAUGUAUUCCAAAGUGAAACGUGUGCAUUUUACGGUUUAAUUAAAAUGUAAAGUUUUUUCCGUACCGUUUUGUCCUAAAUAGUUCUGUAGAACCCUCUAAUCGAUUCGUUUACCCCCCUCCCAAUGCGUUUACAAUGUAUCCCCAAUUCGAUGUCAUAUUAUAUUAAACUCGUAUUGUUUAAAAUUACUUCAGUUGUUAGAUUUGCUUACAGGUACAUGUAUGUGAUAUCUUUAUGAAAUUUAUUUACCUAUAAGGCUUACAGCUAAAUAAAAUUUCUUAUACCUGAACAAUAUUCAAAUAUUUGGAACCGGUGCUUUUAAACUUUUUAAAACUAAUAUCUCGUAUUACUUAGCGAAUUUAUAUGUACUUGCUAUUUUUCAAGGCCGUCCAUAUAAUGAAACUUUACAUUGUAUACCAUUUUUGCUAUAUAUCUAUCAUUCUUAAGGAAAUAAUAAAUGUGUAUUUUUAUUAAA